GACCAGGGCGCGGACGAGGUGAAGGUCGUGGAGGCCGCGGCGAAGGUGCUGGCCGCGGCACAGAGGAACGUCGUGCCGACGAGGGAGAAGAGCAGCGGAUUCCAGACGACGAUGACAGCGAGCUGCACGGAGGUGGACGACGAGAUCGACUACCACAUAUGGAUGCAGGUCUUGCCAAGCGCGUCGGUGAUCAGCGAGGGCGCCUACCUAUUGCUUCAGAGCUUGACAGGAGAUGCGUGGGACGCCUGCGAUGAGAUCAGUUUCGAGAGAAUGGACACCUCCGAGGCUUUCGAAGAGAUAUUCGACAAGCUGGAUGUGUUGUACAGGUACACACAAGAAGUCGAGCUACCAGGGAGAUGCGACGGGUUUUUCGGAGAGUUCUCGAGACAGCCAAAGGAGACGCUCAAUGCAUACGUGCUCAGGCACGGCAAGGAGUUGACUAAGCUACGCGAAGCUGGGCUCGAGCUACCGGACCUACUGGCAGGAUGGCAUAUGAUGACGAGAGCUGCGAUUCCACAAUGGCAAGUACCAAAUCUCAAGGCGCUGUGCAACAACCGGCUGACGGUGCAGGUGGUGACGGAGAGUCUGAAUACGAUGUUCGGAGGCAACAGUGUGGCGCACAAGAAGGACAUCGAUCGUGUGAGGAGCCUGUACCACGGAGCUGAAGUUGCCGAGGACGCCUACGCGGCGUACGCGGAGGCAAGAGCAAAGAUAAACGAGCUGGCGAAGUCUCGAGGGCUCUACCCCGUGGUGGCGCUGAUCGACGAGAGGUUCAAGCGGCGUCGUGACGGGGCACCAGCUAAGCACGAUGAAGACGCGAAGAUGCUGUGCGAGGUCAGAUUGGAGGAGACGACGACGGAGAUCACCAACAGCAUGGAGACGGCGCGCGAUCAGCUACUCGAGGAAGUGAACCUGGCUACGGGAAAAGGAGUUGGCGACAGUGGAGCUACAAAACCGGUCAUGGGACUCGACGAGUGGCCAAAGUGGCGUAAGAAGCUGACGGACAUGGGCACGUCCAGGCAGAUCAAGACGGAGAG